AACAGGAAAUGGGUAUACCGGUUUCUCCAAAGACAUCCAGGGCUCAAGCUAGGGCGACCCUCCGGCUUAGACCCGAAGCGCGCACAAGCCUUCAACCGACCAGUUGUCAAGGACCACUUCAGGCAACUCGAGAACCUCAUCAAAUCCUUCAACAUCCCUUGGAGUCAUGUCUACAACAUGGAUGAGAAGGGGAUUCAGAGGGGUGGUGGGCGUCGUCUGCAGAACAUCAAAUACUUUGUACCGCGUGGCCGUCGUACGAGCUAUAAGCUGCGCAGCGCAAGCCUUGAGCUUGUCACAAUUAUCGAGUGUGUCUGUGCGGAUGGCAGCAACAUCAUGCCUGGGUUCAUCUUCUCAGGCAAGGAGUUCAUGCGGGACUGGUUCCAGAAUGUUGAUUGUAAUGUCACGAUUGCUCAUUCGCCAAAUGGCUGGACAGACGACUUUCUUUGCCUCGAGUGGUUUCGGAAGUGCUUUAUUCCGCAAGCAACUGCUCGCCGCGAAACCGAUGCACCCAUCCUCCUCAUUCUUGAUGGUCAUGGAUCACAUGUCACCUCCGAGAUGCGUCAUCUCGCUAUGGACCAUAACAUUCACUUAUUCUGCCUCCCACCUCACACAACCCAUCGCCUCCAACCUCUCGACGUUGGUGUCUUUGGCCCGCUUCAGCAAGCCUGGACAAAACGUUGCAAUGAGUACUACGUCACCUCCCGCGGUCGAGAAAUGGACCGUGGCGAGCUCAUCCGCGAGUAUCUC